AGGAAGGAGGGAGAGGCGAAGGAAAGAGGUUCCCUUCAAGAAGGGGCGUGUGGAAAGAGGAGAUUGUGUUUUUUAACAACUUCGGGGAGAAAGCGAAGGAGAAAGAGGAGGAAAGGGAGCAAAAGUUUGUUAUCUCACAGAGACGGCACGAGGCGAAACAAAAGUUAGAAAAAGUGAGGGGGGUGCAGUGGGGCAGAAUUGGGGGCGAGGUUUUUAAAAAGUGUGUUUCAGAGAGAGGCUCCGGGUGGCCGGAGCUCCUUGGUCGCGCGGCUCGGAGGCUUGCCCGCCCUCCGGGGGCAUGGACAGCCCCAGCGCCCCGGCCGCUGCCCCCGCCGCCACCUCCGGCGCCUUCAGCAUGGAUAAGGCGUUCGGGCCGCAGCAGCCCCUGGGCGGCCGCCUCCUGGAGCCGGGGGACUGCGCCCAGGCCAGAAAGAACUUCAGCGUCAGCCACCUCCUAGACCUGGAGGAGGUAGCGGCCGCGGGCAGAAACGGAGGUCGCGAGCCCCGGGCCGAGCCCCGGGACGGCAGCCGGGGGAUGCAGGAGCCGUCAGGGGGGAGCAGCGGCAGCGAGGCGGCGCCCCAGGACAGUGAGUGCCUCAGCCCCAGCAGGGGGGCCGCCAAGAGGAAGAAGAAACAGCGCAGAAACCGAACCACCUUCAACAGCAGCCAGCUGCAAGCCCUGGAGAGGGUGUUCGAGAGGACGCACUAUCCCGACGCCUUUGUCCGAGAGGAGCUGGCCCGCAGGGUCAACCUGAGCGAGGCUCGCGUCCAGGUAUGGUUCCAGAACCGGCGGGCAAAGUUCCGACGGAACGAGAGAGCAAUGCUGGCCAACAGGUCCGCCUCACUCCUCAAGUCUUAUAGCCAGGAAGCCGCCAUCGAGCAGCCGAUGGCGCCUAGGCCAACGGCUCUGAGUUCAGACUAUCUGUCAUGGACGACCACUUCCCCAUACAGCUCAGCUGCUGGCAGCUCUGGGCACUCACACCCUCCUGCCAGAGAUGCACCGGCUGAUGGGGGCUCCAGAGCCAGUUGCGGGGGCAGCUCCACGCCUGUCCAGAACAUCGAGAUGGGCUUGCCGCACGGUGCCAUCCUACAGCCCCGGGGGGACAACCACUCCCACUCAGGGGGUCAACAUGGCCAACAGCAUCGCCAGCCUCCGCCUCAAAGCCAAAGAAUUCAGCCUGCAUCAGAACCAGGUGCCCACAGUAAACUGAAUGAUUCCCAGCCUUCAGCCAGGACUAAGUUACCUUUUUCUUAAAAAAAAAAAAAAAAAAAAAAAAAUGAAAGAAAAAAGAAAGAAAAAAAGAAAAAAAUGUUUUUAAAAAGAAAAAGGGGGAGAGGGAAAGAAAGGAAAAUGAACCCCCUUUCCUCUCCGCAGUACAAGGAUGUCUUUUCUUGCCCCCAACAGAAGGGCUGGUUAAAAAAGGAACCUACAGAGACCUCCAAGGACACUCUCUUCAGCCCACAGUCCUUCUCCCCGUGGACUGCUGAGGACAGCAGGGCCCUGGGCCCAGUCCCUCCUUUCCACCCUCUGUUUCUGGUAUCCCCACUCAUGAGCAUAUAAUGCCAUCAGACUAUAAAGGAGAGAGACCUCCCUGAAAAGACUUUGUUUGAAAAUCAAAAAGCUUGAGUUCUUUAAAAAAAAAAAAAAAACAAAAACAACAACCCCAAAACCUGGAAAGGAAUGGGGAAAAAAUGAAAAAAAAUUACAAACAGAACCAAAGAUGUUUCAUUUGAGAUGCAGAAUAUAAACCGGUGCCGGCUGAUGCUGUUCAAGAACCAUUUUGGUUCCAGAAACCAGAUGGGAUUUUGGCAUCAAAUGUCCCAGCAGCCCUCGGGGCCACAGUCAGCGUAAACCAGUGGCCAUAUGCCCGUCUGUGACAUCACUGGGCCAGCUUGCAUACCUCGGUCUGUACAUAGGUCGAAGUUUUCCCAUCUCCACUGCACACAUAGUGGAGUCCGGCUCCGUGGUUUGGGCCUUGAACAACUACGUGCAUCCUAGUUGGGGGUGAGGAGAGAAGUCAGAAAGAGACUGACCCAACCUUCCUCCAUCCCUUUUUCCUAGAGAAGCUCUCCUGGGAUUCCCGGCAGACCCUCCAAGGAAAGGAUGUCAGAGGCCAUGUUACAGGGUAAUAGGAGCCUGGUGCUGGGAAACAGGGGCGGCGCCCCCCCUGAGCCUGGUCCCGGCCCUCCCGGCUGGACCGCCACUUCUGCUGGAGGGCAGAGCUGGACCGGAUAACCCCAGGAGGCCUUCUCUCCCCAAGACCUGAGGUCCUCCCUGCAGACAGCAGGCUCAGCGACAUAGAUGUUCUCUGUCUAUCUGGGACGACUAGUGUUCUUCAAAAUGUCCCCAGUCUCCUGGAUGGUCAGGCUCUUCAGCAUCGUACGGGAGCCUGCUGGGCAUCCUUCCUUCUGCCAACCACUACUCCCUUCACCAACUGGAUACCCAAGCAGUGGCCAUGGGGGGAGGAAGAGAAAUAGAAGAGACAUUUCCCUCCUUCCCAGGAGCCUCUUUGCUUUCUAUGUAUGGCCUCUAGCGACACCCCCACUUAAUUGGUGAUUUGAAAGAAGGACCAUAUGGGAAUGGGUCCCAAAGCAAGCCCUUUUCUGGGGAUGUAGCAGGAAGAACCACCAUCUGGGGACCCCGAAGUUUGGUUCAAACCUGGCAUGGCCACUUAAUACUUGAAUGACUUUAGCUAAGUGGCCGUCCCUCUCUGGGCUUCAGUGUCCCCAUCUGUAAAAUAGGGUGAUUUCUAAAUCCCAGUGUGAUGCUUUAGGAUUCUGGGAUUAAAUCCUGAACCAGGGAGACUGGAAACUGUCCAUACCCAAUGACUCGGAGAGAAGGUGGGGAAAAAAACAACAGCGUAGAUUGAAGGAACAUAGAACUUCUUGACCUUCAUAUGCAGGCAUCUCAAUGAAUUGCCUAAAAAUCUGUAUGGAAACUAUGCUUUCUUUAUACAGCUCUGGCAAAACAUAUUUUGAUAGAUAGCAUCAGCUUUUGGAACAAAUGGGAGAUGCCGGAUCACAGGCAGAUCUGGGAUUAAAGAUGGGUGCUCAUCUGUGGAAUAGCACCCAUCUUUAAUUUUUGGUCCAGAACCAAAAUAUGGUGAUCAAAAAUAGUGAUCUCUGCAAUGGCUUGUGAAAAGGGAAGAGGUGACAGGAAAAAUACAAGGGACUAAAAUUUGGCUAUAGGAAUUCUGCCUGUCAGCAAAGGCAAUCAAUGGCCAUAGAAAACUGCGUUUGGUGGUUCGGAAAUUAAAUAACUUCUGCCUGACAACCAGCCCUAGAGAGACCACCCAGCCCAGACCCACCCCAUAUCUGUUCUUGCACACAAAAGCAGAGAUUUGGGGGUUUUUUUAAUUGUAUAAAAUACAUUUAUUUUUCUAUAGAUGCUGCUACAUUACACCCAGAACUCAUGUGGUUUACUAUGCAGAGGCAAAGGAGGGAAGUCAUCGGCUCCCCAUGUUAUUCAACAAGCCUGACAAAUCCUACAUUAAUUUCAUCAAAGAACAGACUUACACUUGGGCAAAAUGGACAAAGUAGGCAGUCAUCUACUUGGAAGAAACUUUCCCAAAAAGCACCGUCCCAACCCCACAUCUGGGGGUCAGUGUCUGAAAUCCCACCAUUACCAAACGCUCUCUGGGCUUAUCUUAAAAUGCAAAUAUACUCCUGAGAGGUUAAAUUAAAUCACAUUAAAUAACAAGUACCUGGUUAUAAAUUCGUUUAUCAGAACUUGGCUGGAGGGAUGGGGAAGCCAGAAUGCUUGGAAUGGGGAGAAGUGGGAAGUGAAGAAUGUAAAGGGAAAAGGGGCUUACAAAGAAAAUGAGAAGGAUGCUAAGGAAUUUUUAAGAGCUCUAACUCCAAUUUACCACUGAUUUGGGGAUGGAGGAAGGACAUGGGACUUAAAAAGCUCGUGGUCUGCGGGGCAGCCUCCAGAGGCUCGUAGCAGAAGUCGAGACCUGCAGCCUCUUCUUUAGAAAGGGCGAAUGCAGAACCUGGAGGGUCCCUCCACCUCCAUGUAAAGUUGGCCAACCACUCAAGCAAGGGUAGCUUUGGCACCUGCCUGCACUGACUCCAGCUGGCCAGGAGGGGCCUAACGGAACAUCAACAGGGGACUUGAUAAACAGAUUGCAAUUGAAACCUCUGUUCCAAGGGAGCGGAAAAGCUAAUAGAUUCUGGUUCCUCCCAGGUGUGUUAGAAUCAGUGGUUAAGGUCUCUGAGUUUAGGGAUGCCAGCAGGCAGGGGUUGUGUACGCAAAAGAAGGAUGUUUUCUUUACCUUUUUUUUGCCUUGGUGGAAAAAAUAAAGGCCUUUUCUGGCCCUGCUACGGGCUAGAUAGAUGGAA